CUGAAAGCACCCUGUUCCUCGACAAUCCUCGUACAUAACUAAGUAAUGUUCAAGACUGGACAAAGUACAGCAUGCCGGUGACCAAUUCAAGAACAUAGCCAACUUUAGGGAUACCGCGCGGGACAACAGUGGCAUCGGGUAUACUGUUGACAUACAUUCUUACUGGUAAAUUUUUGCUAUGGUUCCUUUGCUGUGCAAAUAAGAUUAAUUAUUUAGUAAACUAACCUUCAAAAGCGAGUGCCUGAGGACGUUUUCCAGUGAGUAAAUACAGCGCGUUCACUCGUGGAUUAGGAAACAUUUGCAUAAAGGCAAAUUUAUUAGAUGUUCAUCAGUCUACUCGGUUUUUGGAACAAAUUGUUAUAGGAUAAGUAAUUGAUAUUCCUGUGAAAUGGCAUAAUAUAAUGCGCUACUGUACUAUUCAUAAUAUACAUUGUAUGUAGCCUAAUAUUGUAUGAUGAUGGUUACAUUAUAUAAUUAGCAUACUGUAAGUGCUGCAUCGCGCGCUGCACUUUCUGGCAUUGUAGAUAAUUACAACAUUGAACAGUGUCCGUAUCUUGGGGGUUAUUUACAGGGUUUUCCUGUACCUGAAUUAUCCUCCUCACAGAUCCCACGUAUUGGUUUAUAGUGUUCUAGGAACCUUCUGUUGACAGCACGGAACAUUGAAGGUCAGUACAGUAUGUUCCGUUCUUUCACUUUAACUGAUUCCUUGCAGCUUCAAACAGAUCCGCAUCGCAUGACAUGUAGUUUGGCGUUGAAAAUGUCUUGAUUUAAGAUAUCCGUUUAUUUUGCAUGCUGUUGACUCGUGUGUUACUUAGUGUUAUUACAUUUCCCAAUUCAAUGUUCUGCAGCUGCACAGUUAGAGAACAUCACAGCUGUAUCACUUACAUAAUAAUGUGACUUUAGAUUAUGACAUUUCAAAUGGUAAAAAUCAGUGUUGUAGUACUCUAGUCCAGGACUCGGACUCGACCACUGGGGACUCGGACUCGACCAAUAGUGACUUUGAAAAUCUCUCUUUGUUGCAGAAUUUAACAUACUAGCUACAACAGCAAAUGUUAGAGAGCUAAAUGAUCUAGAUAUCCUUACAAUGUGCAACAAUGUAACAGCAUUUAGUAUAUAAAAUAAAUGGUUGGAUGGCAGCUUAGCACUGCAAGCGACUUGUGACUCGACUCAUAACUAUAAAGGACUCGGACUCGAACACUAGGGACUUGGGACAUACUUGGACUUAAUGUAGUUUCAGGGGUAGAAAUGUGCUUGAUGUUUUAGUACAUAUGUUGGGUGGCUAGCAAGCAGAAAUGCAACCCACGCUGAUAUUGGAACAAUUAUUAUUUCUCAUACCACCAAUAAUCUUUCUAAUUCAGGUCCAUAAAAAAAUAAAAUCUCUAAAUGUUUAUAUUUUGUUUGUCUUUUCCUCUUCAAUCUGUACUUUUUACUCUGCUUCCAUCCUCCUCCUCCUCCUCCUCCUCCUCCCUGUCCUAUUAUACACUAAUUCUUCCCAGAACCCCUACCUUGUGUGUUUUCCGACCUGUGUCGUCGUGAACGAGAGACCAAAAGGCGAGGACAUUCCCCCCCCACGUUCCAGACGCUCCGCAAACAACAUGGCCGCCAACUCAGCAACGCCCCCCUCUGACAGGCGCUUCCUCAUCUUCUUCGACUUUGACGAGACCAUUGUGGAUGAAAGCAGUGAUGACGUGGUGGUGCAGGCGGCCCCAGGCCAGAACCUCCCCGCCUGGCUGAAGGACACCUACCGGCCGGGCCACUACAACGAGUACAUGCAGCGCGUGCUGGCCUACAUGGCAGAGAAGGGCGUGACCGAGAGCACCAUCCGCUCCGUCAUCGAGAAGAUCCCCGCCUCUCCCGGCAUGCUGGCCCUGUUCCAGUUCCUCCGCCACCGCCCUCCGCAGGACUUUGAGGUGGUGCUGGUGUCUGAUGCCAACACCUUCUUCAUCGAGUCCUGGCUCCGCCGCGUUGGGGCCCGCCAGCUCUUCGUCAAGAUCUUCACCAACCCUGCCACCUUCGACAAGGAUGGCCGGCUGGUGCUGCGCCCCUUCCACUCCCACAGCUGCUUGCGCUGCCCUGAGAACAUGUGCAAGCAGGUGAUCUUGAGGGACUAUGUGAUGCGACGGACGCAGGAGCGCGGGCGGCCGUUCCAGAGGGUAUUCUACGUGGGCGACGGGGCCAACGACUUCUGCCCGUCUCUGAUCCUGGGCCCCAGGGACACGGCGUUCGCCCGGCGGGACUACCCCAUGCACCGGCUGAUCACUGAGAUCCACGAGGCCAGGCCGGGGGAGUUCAAGGCUGUCACUGUGCCCUGGGCCAGUGGGGAUGAUGUGGUGGAGCGACUCAGGAAGCACGCAGAGGAGAAAUGAUGAAGCUGGGGGGGUACACCGCCUGCUCACACACACACACACAAAUAUUCAGAGACACACUCAUACACAAAUGACAAAUCACAUUACCAGAUCAAAUACCCACAAAACCACAUACUGACACACAUCAAUGAAAAAACACUCUCCGCUCAAGAAUAGAGCAUGCCAAUUGAACAGGCCUUUUGAUAUAUUGCCUGCGACAGACAAUGUCACCCUUCCAGUCAGUCCAUCUGUCUUACUCUGACUCAGCCAUAGAGCUAGAGAUAAUGUAGUCUUUCAGCCCACCUCCUCUCACACUGGGCUAAAGGUCAAUCAGAGACACCAACCCAAUAACAGAAUCAACUCUGUUAGUCAAUACAGAGACCUAUGCCUUGGUUGAUACCCUACCAAUCAGGCCAGUAUUUUGUCAGUCAAGCUUUUAGAGGGAUUGAUACUCUUACGCUUGAUUGAGAAGGAAGAGGACCAAACCUAAAUCAUUGCCUGAAUUGGGCGUUCUGCAGUGAUACAUUUAGGACUGAUAAAUUACCUGUAUUCCUUUGUUGAUACUGAGCUUAAUUGGUUUAUUAACAAUCAAACUGGGUCAGUAGCGCAGCAGAUCCUGUUAAUUAGUGGCCCGUUCUCUGACUAUAGCCCUCUCCAGACCACCCAAUGGCAUUGUCGAUGCUAAAUGAAUGGGUGGCUAUUCCAGUGUAAUUGUUAUAUUUUCAAUAAUAAAUGGUGUUGUUUAUGUGUUCUUUGUGAAAUAGAAAAUUGAUGGCUGAUUAGGGAAAAUUGAAUGUGACAACAUCGCCAUCUACUGGCAGACUGGUCCCCAGAUUGCAACUGGGGACCAGUUUUAAAGUUUUGGGAAAUUAGUUGAAAUGGAACUAAAAAUGCCCUGUACCAUAUGACAUGGCUAUAUAACUAAAUAUUGUGUCAUUUUGAAACAUAUGUAUUAUUAUUUAUAUAUGUCUGUUUUUAAUAUGUACCAUUUACUUGUACCUACAUGUUCCACUACCAGCAGGAAAAUAAAGCCAUGAACUAAA